CAAUUCCCAACAACCCUGAAAUGGACCACCUCCACACUCCCCAACCAACCACCCCUUGCCACGUCGUAGCAUUGCCCUUCCCCGGCCGCGGCCACAUCAACCCCAUGAUGUGUCUCUGCCACUCCAUCGCCGCCAUCUCCCCCGACAUGACCGUCUCCUUCAUCGUAACCCAAGAGUGGCUCGGCUUCAUCGGAUCCGAUCCAAAACCCGACAACGUGCGAUUCGUCACUAUUCCCCAGGUCAUUCCCUCGGAAAUCGGUCGGGGCAAGGACUCUCCAGCGUUUUACGAGACUGUUUUGAGGAAGAUUAAGGCGCCGGUUGAGGAGCUUCUCGAUCGGCUUGAGCCUCCGGUAACGGCCUUGAUCGCCGAUACGUACUUGGUGUGGUCGGUUGAGAUUGGAAACGUGAGGAAUAUUCCGGUGGCUUCUCUUUGGACUAUGUCGGCUUCUGUCUAUUCGGUGUUUCAAUAUUUUGAUCUUCUCGUUCAGAACCACCAUUUCCCGGUAAAAUUGGCGGAGACAGGAGAAGAGCGGGUGGACUAUAUCCCGGGGCUUCCUUCCACACGUGUGGCGGACCUUCCGACAUGUUUUUACGGGAAAGGGCUUAAUAUUCUGGAUACAGCUUUAGAAUCAGUUUCAUGCCUAACCAAAGCACAAUACCUUUUGUUACCUUCAGUUUACGAGCUUGAACCAGAAGUGAUCGACGCUUUGAGGCAAACUAUUCCGAUCCCGGUUUACCAUAUUGGGCCAACCAUACCCUACUUCAAAGUGGAAACCCAUUCAAGGCCCAAUGGGGAUUACUAUUUUGAUUGGCUUGACAAGCAACCUAGAGGGUCAGUCUUGUAUGUGUCACAGGGUAGUCUGCAUUCAGCUCCUCAAGCUCAAAUGGAUGAAAUCGCUGCCGGGUUGAAGGCGAGCGGCGCCCGGUUCUUUUGGGUGGCGCGGGAGGAAGUGUCGGAGCUGAAGGAGAAAUGUGGUGACAUGGGGAUUGUAGUGCCUUGGUGUGACCAAUUGACAGUGUUGUGUCAUCCUUCUUUGGGUGGGUUUUGGUCACAUUGUGGUUGGAAUUCGACCUCCGAGGCUGUUUAUGCUGGUCUUCCGAUGUUGACCUUUCCUAUAUAUUGGGACCAAGUACCUAAUAGUAAGAUGAUCGUUGAAGAUUGGAAAAUUGGGUGGAGGGUGAAGAAGGGUUCGGGAGAAGAAGGUUUGGUGAGUAGAGAAGAGAUUGCUGGGCUUGUUAGAAAGUUUUUGGAUUUGGAAAACGAGGAAGCAAAGGAAACGAGGAAAAGAGCGAGAAAGCUUAGUGAGAUAUAUAGACAAGCGGUUAGAAAAGGUGGGUCGUCUUAUAACAAUGUUGAGGCCUUUAUCAGUGACAUAUCAAAGAUGAAAUGACCUACGAUGAUAAAAGAAAAGCAACUUUAAGCAAUGUGGGAGCAAAUGGUGCAUUGUGUGAUUGAUAUAUGAUGUACGAGGAAAUAAAGAUUCGAAUGGCUUAACUAGUUAAUGUUACUUUUUGAUUACUUUCCAUGAUC